AUGACUACUGGGAGAAAUGAGCAUUGCCGGCGUGGGCACCAAUUAAAUUACAAAACCAAUUCUUUCAUCUGCGACGGCUGCCAGGAAAGGGGAUAUGGCUCUCACUACCGAUGCGAAAUCUGCAACUUCGACCUUCACAAGGAAUGUCAUCUCCCUUCUCUCACCAUCCUCCAUGAUCAUCAAGCUGGAAGAGGAGGAGGAUACAACAAAUUCGACUUCCACCACCAUCCGUCCCUCCACCGCCUCUUCUGUGAUGCCUGCGGUAGGCCUAUCCAUGGCUUCUUCUACCACUGCAAGGACCGUGGACAGGACCUCCACCCUUGCUGCGCCAAUCUUCCCCAAAAGAUCCACUUACCCGAUACAGACAUGUUCCUAAUUAGUACUAUUAUUAAUAAUGUUGCAGCAGGUUCUUCAACUUGUUUCCAUUGCAAGAAAACCACUUUGUGGGAGAACAACCACGGCGUGCCGGGGUGGUCAUACGUGUCUCACUGCGGGCUUCAUUGGUGCCACGUUUAUUGUCUCAUGAAGAUAAUGGAGCGACAGAUGCGUCAUCGGCGCUCACUUGAGUCGUCUAGGACUAGGACUACUACCGGUACCGGCGAAUCUUCUUGGUGGGACAUUCUCUCAAAUUCAUCAAUUACUCUAAUACAACUUAUCACCACUGGUACUGCUGACCCAACUUCCACUUUAAUCGAUAUCAUCACCGCCGGCGGAUGA